AUGGUAGGAAGGAAUGAUGCCGCUCUUGCUGCUGCACUAGAAGCUAUGGCGCAGUCGGUGCAGAAUAACAACAAUCAAAAUGCUGGUGAUCUGCAGUUUCGCAACUUGGAGAAGUUCCAAAGCAACAAACCUCCUAAGUUUGAAGGUGGUAUUAUUGAUCCAGAUACUGCACAUAAAUGGUUGAAGGCUAUUGAGAAGAUCUUCAGAACCAUGGGAUGCAAUGAGGAUCAGAAGGUACAGUUUGGUACGCACAUGUUGGAAGGUGAAGCUGAGGACUGGUGGGAUAACAGUCGUCAGAGAAUGGAAGCGGCGGGUACUGUGAUUACUUGGGUAGUGUUUCGGUCUGAGUUUCUAGAAAAGUACUUUCCGAAAGAUGCUCGAAGCAAGAAGGAGAUUGAGUUCCUGGAAUUGAAGCAGGGGAAUAUGUCUGUCGAUGAGUAUGCUGCUCGAUUCGAGGAAUUGAUGAAAUAUUGCUCUCAUUACAAUACUAAUGAGGCUAUGAAUUCCAAGUGCAUCAAGUUUGAGAACGGGCUGCGUCCCGAGAUUAAACAGGGUAUUGCUUGUCAGAAGAUAAGGAAUUAUCCAGAGCUGGUGAGCAGAAGCCGGAUCUAUGACAAUGAUAACCGAGCCAGGAUUGCACAUUACAAAGCUGUGAAUGAUCGAAAAGGUAAUCAUAAUCGUGGAAAGCCGUAUAGUGUUCCUGAUACUAAAGGAAAACAAAAAGCUGCUUUUGGGAAGAAGCCAAGUGGGGGAGGAGGAUUUGCUUCCAACCCCAUUGUUUGCUUCAAGUGUGGUACUGAGGGACACCGUGCUAAUGAGUGUCCAAAGGAUGUUAAGAAAUGCUUCAAAUGUGGGAAAGCAGGUCAUGUGGUAGCAGAUUGUAGAACUAAGGUGCCUACAUGCUACAACUGUGGCGAAGAAGGUCAUAUCAGCACUCACUGUCAGAAGCCAAAGAAGACUCAGGGUAAUGGCAAGGUGUUUGCAUUAGUAGGAGCCCAGUCAACCAAUGAGGACCGAAUAGUCAAAGGUACUUGUUUCAUCCAUAACACUCCUUUGAUUGCCAUUAUUGAUACGGGUGCAACCCACUCGUUUAUUUCUGUGGACUGUGUGAAGAGAUUAGGACUUGUGUCGUCUACUUUAGAUCGGAAGAUGACUAUUGAAACUCCAUCUAUUGGUUCUGUGGUUACUUCUUUAGCGUGCUUGAAUUGUCCUUUGACUAUCUUUGAUAGAGAUUUCGGAGUGGACUUGAUUUGUUUGCCAAUCAGUAAUCUGGACGUUAUUUUGGGAAUGAACUGGCUAGAGUUCAACCGUGUGUAUAUUGACUGCUUUAGGAAGAGGUUGUUGUUCCUUACUCCUGAAGAGGAAGCGUUGGCGGAUUUGUUAUCUACCAAGGAGAUGAGAAUAUUGUUGGGGGACGAAGCUAAGGUGUUUGUUGUGUUUGCUUCACUGUCUGUUGAGAACAAAACGUCAAUUGAAGCGAUACCGGUGGUGAAAGAAUUUCUGGAAGUAUUUCCUGACGACAUUACAGAGUUACCUCCAGAGAGGGAGAUUGAAUUUUCUAUUGAUCUAGUUCCUGGUACUAGGCUUAUUUCUAUGGCGCCGUACAGGAUGUCUGCAUCGGAAUUGUCAGAGUUGAAGGCUCAAAUUGGUGAUUUGCUGGAUAAGAAAUUUAUUCGGCCGAGUGUAUCACCGUGGGGAGCUCCAGUGUUGUUGGUGAAGAAGAAAGAUGGUAGUAUGCGUUUGUGUAUCGAUUACCGUCAGUUGAAUAAAGUGACCAUUAAGAAUAAAUAUCCAUUACCAAGGAUUGAUGAUUUAAUGGAUCAACUUGUUGGUGCCCGCGUGUUUAGUAAAAUUGAUUUGAGAUCAGGUUACCAUCAGAUUAGAGUAAAAGAUGAGGAUAUUCAAAAGACUGCUUUUAGAACUCGUUACGGACAUUACGAAUAUGCAGUGAUGCCUUUCGGAGUGUCUAAUGCGCCGGGUGUGUUUAUGGAGUAUAUGAAUCAUAUUUUUCAUUCAUAUUUGGAUCAGUUCAUAGUGGUGUUCAUUGAUGAUAUACUGAUUUAUUCUAAGUCUGAAGAAGAUCAUGCAAAACACUUGAGGAUUGCGUUGCAAGUGUUGAAGGAUAACAAAUUAUUCGCAAAGUUCUCAAAGUGUGAGUUUUAG